AUGUCCUGGAAACCCUUCUUCACAUGCGUGCUGCUCGCAAGCACCGCCCUCGCAGCUCCAGGCUAUAAUUUCAAGGCACUGCAGCAGUGUGUCAGCGGUGCUCUGGCCGCAGGGGGAAAUGUCGCGCAGCGUGUACAAUCGCCCGCAAACGCGACCUGGGACGAUGCCUAUGUCGGUGGCAUCAUCAAGCCAGAAACUCCCGCCAUGAUUGCCUUCGCCCAGAGUUUCACAGAGGUGGGCGCCUUGAUGGGCUGCGCCAACAGCACUGGGUACCAGGCCGUUCCUCGAUCAGGACGACACCAUUUCGAAGGCUGGUCGGCACUCAAUGGCUCUCUGGUCAUCGAUGUCUCGUCUCUCAGCUAUGUCAAUGUCUCCAGUGACCUCAGUAACGCGACAAUCGGGGCCGGCACAAACCUUGGCCAAAUAUACACCGAGUUGAGCGUGGUGAACAAGACGUUUCUCGGGGGCAUCUGUCCCACUGUGGCUCUCGGAGGAUAUCUCGGUGUGGGAGGAUACAGCCUUCAGCAUCGAGCCCUGGGGAUUGCGGUCGAUCAGGUGCUCUCAUUUAAGGCCAUCUUGGCCAGCGGCGAGCUUGUCACCGUCUCCCCCACCUCCCAUCCAGAUCUGUGGUUCGCUGCCCGCGGUGGUGGCCAGUAUGCCUUCAUCGUCGAGGCCACCGUCAAGAUUCUCACCCUGCCACGAUCUGCCAUGGUCGUGGGGUUUUAUAACAACUCCGAUACCCGUUAUGAGGUGGCUAGGAAAUGGCUGGACUGGGCUCCGACUGCGCCAAAGGAACUCACCACCCAGUUGAACGUCUAUAACAACCGCACCCACCUGAUCGGCUGGUACCUGGGCGGUUCUACCCAACAACUCCGAACGGCUCUGAACACGUCGGGUCUUUUGGAUGUCGCCGACGGUGUCGUGUCCAUCGACGGGAAUUGCAGCACGGCAAACUCGCGAAUGUACUGGCAGGACUCUUCGACCAGGUGCACCGACGAUGCAUCAGCAUACCAAGCAUUCCUCAAGGUCUACAAUACCGAGUCGAUCAACCUCGCACCGAUCCAGCCGGCUUUUCGCCUGGACAAUACGCCAGCCAUACCGUCGGAGCCUGUGGCGGUGCCGUGGCCCCGCUUUGGUGUCAUCAGCAAGACAUAUUUCACCCAGAAGAGCAGGCCCAUCACAAACGACACUUUGAAGGAGCUCAUCAACAGAUCCGCGGCGCUGAGUGACGACGCUGGUUUCUGGGGCGAAUGGACCAGCUUCGGCGUCGCGGACCCGACCACAUCUUCCUCGUUUCCCUGGUUGAAAGAGGCACAGGCUCUGCUGCGGAUCGAGAUGAACUCGCCAAAGAACGUCUCCGCGUACAACCAGAACCGGGCCUGGCUGCUGGACUUUGAAAAGUUCCUGCGCCCCAAAGUAGGAAACGCGAGCUAUUCUGGAUAUGUCGACGUCGACAUCAGCAUCAAUCCGCUGACGGCAUUCUACGGCAACAACACCUGUCGGUUGAUCAGCAUCAAGAAGAAAUAUGAUCCCAGCAACUUCUUCCGAAACCCGUUCUCGAUCCCAACAAAGGUACCCAAGGGCAUAUCGUGCUGA